GACAAUAUUGUGGAUUGUCUCCAUAAUGGCGGACACAUGUGGCCAAGUCCUCCUAGGGUCUGGACUAACUGUCCUUUCCCACCCUCUUAUGUAUAUCAAGGUGUUAGUACAGGUUGGGCACGAACCUCUCCCUCCAACUUUAGGAAGAAAUAUUUUUGGCCGACAGGUGUACCAGCUUCCAGGACUAUUUGCAUACGCUAAACACAUCACAAAGAUUGAUGGAGUAUCAGGCCUGUUUAACGGUCUUGCGCCCAGGCUCUGUGCUGGAACUGUGGGGACCAUUGUACACAGCAGAGUCCUGCAGAAAUGCCAGGAGGGAGGCAUAUGUGAGUUGACAGGGAGCAGUCAGAAAGCACCGGAGGAGUCCCUACAGAAAGUGGUGAAUGAGACUACCAAAGAGAUGGUGGCACGUUCGUGUGCUACGAUUGUCACACACCCUUUUCACGUGCUCACUCUGCGGUGCAUGGUCCAGUUUAUCGGCAGAGAAACCAAAUACUGUGGUGUGUUUGACUCGAUCGUAACGAUCUACCGGGAAGAAGGAAUCCUCGGCUUCUUUGCGGGCCUGAUCCCGCGUCUGGUUGGAGACGUCCUGUCUCUGUGGAUCUGUAACCUGCUCGCCCACCUCAUCAACGCAUACGCUUUAGACGACUCAAUGAGUCACACAGGUGAAAUUAAGAACUGUUCCCAGGCUGUGACAGGAUUUUUGGCCAGUAUGGUGACGUAUCCAUUUGUGCUGGUAUCCAACCUGAUGGCAGUGAAUAACUGCGGGCUGGCUGGCGGUCUCCCUCCCUAUGCCUCCGUAUACCCAACCUGGAUAGACUGCUGGAGGCACCUUAGCCGAGAGGGCAACAUGAGCAGAGGAAAUAGUUUAUUUUUCAGGAAGUUGCCUGCUGGGAAGACAUACGUGAUGGAUCAGAAGAGAUUUUUUUGAACAAGAAGCCAACAGCAUAGCACCUGAUUGUGACAUUAUUAAUAAAAUGGUCUGGGUGGGGUGUGGUGGACAUCUAAUCCUUUGUAUGCACCUGUUUACCAUAAGAUUAUUCUUUUUUUUCUUUCUUUCUUUUUUUUUUUUUUUUUUUUUUUAACAAAUCUGUUUGUGUCAGCCUCUGGGUACAGAUAAUUAUUACUACUUUAUUUUCGUUUCCAUUGCAAAUGGCUUCGACUGAAGAACGCGGAGAGCUUUAUUUUAAUAUUUAGGGAUUUGUAUACGUUGUACAAGGUAGCUCACGAUAGAAGUGUUUAAAAAAAAAAAAAGAAAGAAAGAUGAUCAGGCAGUACUUGCAGCUCCUACCUGGGGGGCUGUGACUCUCUUACCCAGAGUGUCAUCUGAUACAGACGUGUUUGAAACCCCC